CAUUAAGGCAGAGUGAAAACGUGACAGCCCUGUUGCGGGCGGCCUUAAUUAUUCCACCUACUCCCUCCCACAUGAAAUCUCUGAAACGAAUACCAAUCGUCCAUCACUUCGGUCCCACCGAAGAUGGACGGUCGAGAUUCGGCUAAUUGCUGCUAAGCAUUAUCAGUCAACUAAAAAUGCUCUCCAGCUUUGACGUCUCCCGCCAGCCACCGAAUUCGAGGUGGAAAGAAAAAAGCCAUCCCCGCGGUGUCUCUGCCACCGCGAUCCAGCCACCAUGUCCACCUCCGCCGCCGUUCGUGGAUUCACCGACGCAGAAACUCCACUUCUCUACGACGACACCGUUGAUGGUGCCGUCGACUACAAAGGCCGCCCCGUCCACCGCUCAAGCUCCGGCAGUUGGAGAUCCGCCGCUUUUAUCAUCGGUGUGGAAGUUGCUGAGAGGUUUGCCUAUUACGGGAUCGGAUCCAACCUCAUCACUUACUUGACGGGGCCACUCGGCCAGUCAACGGCCGUCGCGGCGGCGAACGUCAACGCUUGGUCCGGAGCCGCGUCGCUGUUGCCUCUCCUCGGCGCCUUCGUCGCCGAUACCUUCCUCGGGAAGUACCGCACCAUAAUUGUUGCUUCCAUUGGCUACGUUCUGGGACUCGGGUUGCUGACUCUAUCAGCCGUUCUUCCCGCCCUUGGUGUGUCUUCCAGUUUAAUCCAGAUAGUCCUCUUCUUCUUCUCCCUGUACCUAGUAGCACUCUCACAAGGAGGCCACAAGCCUUGCGUACAAGCAUUUGGUGCGGACCAGUUCGACGGGCAAGACCCUGCAGAAUGCAAAGCCAAGAGCUCCUUCUUCAACUGGUGGUACUUCUGCAUGUGUUCUGGGACCUUUGUAGCUAUAGCGGUGCUGAAUUACGUACAGGACAACGUCAACUGGGGGCUCGGAUUUGGAAUCCCAUGUCUCGUGAUGGUUGCAGCACUUGUGAUCUUCCUGCUUGGGACGAGGACGUAUAGGUAUAGCGCCAAGAGGGAUGAUGAGAAUCCAUUUCUGAGAAUUGGGAAGGUGUUUGGUGCUGCGUUAAGGAACUGGAGAGCUGAUUCUUCUGCUGUUGCUCUUGAGGAGGAAGCGAGAGGGAGUCUGCCACACGAACACUCUGAGGAAUUCAGGUUUCUCAACAAGGCUCUGCUAGCCCCAGCAGAUACCAAAACCGGCGGGAAACUCUGCACCCUCAACGAGCUCGAAGAAGCCAAGUCGGUCCUUCGACUCAUCCCGAUAUGGUCAACAUGCUUAGUAUAUGGCAUCGUAUUCGCUCAAUCCACAACCUUCUUCACCAAGCAAGGCCUAACCCUGGACAGAACACUCUUCCCAGGCUUCCAAAUCCCACCAGCUUCCCUGCAAUCAUUCAUAACCCUCUCCAUCCUCAUCCUCAUCCCAAUCUACGACCGCCUCCUCGUCCCUCUGUUCAGGAUCAUCACCGGUAAGCCCUCCGGAAUCUCCAUGCUCCAGAGAAUCGGAACCGGAAUCUUCCUCUCCUUCCUCUCCAUGGCCAUAGCAGCACUGGUCGAGAUCAAGCGACUCCAGACAGCCAUCGACCAUGGAAUCGUUGACCGUCCAGAAGUCACGGUCCCCAUGAGCUUCUGGUGGCUCAUUCCUCAGUACGUCCUGUUCGGAGUCUCGGACGUCUUCACCAUGGUUGGGUUGCAGGAGUUCUUCUACGAUCAGGUCCCGAGCGACUUGCGUAGCAUGGGGUUGUCCCUAUACCUUAGUAUAUUCGGGGUUGGGAGCUUUCUCAGUAGCUUCAUGAUAUCGGCGAUCGAUCGAGCAACGACAGGUGCAGAUGGUGGUGGGGAUAGCUGGUUUGCCAAUAACAUAAACCGGGGGCAUCUCGAUUACUUCUACUGGCUGCUUGCUGGGAUGAGUGCGGUUCAGUUGGUCCUGUACCUGUGGUUUGCCAAGUCUUACGUGUAUAACAAGGGAUCUUCUGUGUAACAAUUACUCCAUGCUUUCUUGUGAUUUAGGGUCAAUUUACCUCUGUAAUUGUAUGUAUACUUUGGAGUUGGGACUGUUGCUUAAGGUUCGUUCGGUCAGCACGUAAGGUAGGGUAUAUAGGAAUUUUUAAGAAUUCGUGUAUUUUAUAGGUUGAAUUUGUAAGAAUUCAUGUAAUGUCAUAAGAUGAUGUUUGAUUUGUAAGAAUCUAUGAGAUUGAGUCUCGUACUAUUCGUUGAAUCAUUAUAGGUCAAAAUCAGGGUUUAAGAGGGCAUAGUCCUGUGUCCGUUUAGGUAUUAGGCAGUGACAAAACGCCUCGUUUAGGAUUUUGGUCACAAUUAGGUGUUCUUAAUGGUGAGGUAAAGCUAGACAUGAUUAAUUGACAGAACAAUUAAACGUGCUGACAGAACAAUUAUUGAAAUAAUUUGAAGCUGAUCUUUCCAAAAUGAUGCCAUCUCCAGCUACCUUAUAUUUGAAUCGACCAUUUGCCAUGCUCUUCACCAUUACAGAUCAUUCACACCCCACGACUUUCUAUAAACUAGUGAUUCUAAAAAUCAUGACAAGUUUGUUGUUGAGGGUUAGCUAAGUUAUUAAUCAUUUAAAAUUGAACUCGAGAAAAAAAUGUGAUAUAAAAAUGGCAUUACUAUUGAAAAUUGUUAUUUUCACUAAAACGUCCAAGAACCGCUUAGACAUGCCAGACAUUAGGUAGGACCCCAACACCUGCCCAUCGCCUAGUUCGUUUUUGAAUAUUGAUCAAAUCAUUAACAAUACCAAUAAAUUGGUAAUACUAAAACAACAUAUAUUCUGAAAAUGAGUAGACUAAUUAUCAAAGGAGCUAUCAAUUAUGGACUCUCCUUGGUUUUUAUCAUUCCUCUUCUGAAGAACACAUCAAAUAGGGCUGAUCAGAAAGUCACCAACCAACCUAACGUUACAACCAUCAUGCGCUAAGAUUCUCCUACCAAACAUAUUCUGUUCGAGAAGGCCUCUGGUCCCAGGCCCAGCACAAAAGCUAAUCAUGAUUUCUGUCAAUGGAAAGAAAAAAGGAUUAUUGAUCUCUUUGUUAAGACUUAAGAUAUUUAAAAUGAUAAAAACGGGAAAGGAAUAUUUCACUAAAAAAAAAACUGAAAAAAGACAGCAAAGAAAUGCCAUCCAACAGCUUUUCGUUGCUUCUCGAAGCAAGCAAACAAACAUGCCAAGUUCAGAAUUAGAAAUAACAUCUUGUUUAAUGUUAUUAGAGGCUUGUUUGGAUUAGAAUCUCAAUCGACACUAUCACCUCUGCAAGAAAGGUAGAACUGGGGGAUUGUGAUGUGGAGUGGUGUCGUAGCGGAGUCAGGGUUUGAAACUACCCUUGUCUUGUUUUCAUAAUAUAAAUAUAUAACUAUUUAAUUAAUAAAUAAAAUUAAACUAAUUAUAUCCAAAUAAUUCAUUCACAUAUAAAAAAUAAUUGACUAAUAAAAUUAUUAUUUUCAU